AUGAAUCCUUGUUUGAAAGUCGCUAUUGUAGUCAUCAUACUCACCACAGUGAUCGUAGUUAUCACUGUACCAACUGUUCUCUGUUCACGAAAAAAGAACAACCGAAGUCCUGCAACGGAUGUAUCGUCUAGUUCUCCGACACAUCCAUCAACAGUAACAACAAAUCAUUCAACAAGUGACCACAACAUCCUCAUGACGAAUUUGACAAGGAGUACGACUGAAACUUCUAGCACAACUACACAACCAAUAACUAGUUAUGAAUCGGAAGAAUCAAAUACGACCCGAAAAUCGGUCUUUGUUUCGACAUUAUCGGGGAAUAGUAACAAUUAUCAAUCUACAUCUUCUUGCUCUAAUCUUCUGCUAAAAUAUGAAGCAUUGGAGUUUUACGCUUCAAGAAGUGGAUCCUACCAGUUUAUUUUUAUAUCUGAACAACAUAUAACUUUCGUUUUCUACGAAAACAGUUUUAAUCCAGCUUUUAAAUAUACAAAUCUAGGCACUAGAGCAAUUCGUUGCCCUUCAAUUCGUCGCGUUCUUUUCGUCGCCGCUCAAUUCGUCGCCUAUUCACCCAGGUCAACAAAUCCGAUGCUGGAUCCGAGUAUGGGAUUGUUCGACCUGGGCAAUUCGUCGCAUUCAGUUCGUCGCGACUUAAUGAAAGUAAAAGAGAGAGAAUCAGACACAAAAACAUCUGUAAUCCAAUUACGCAACUCUGUAAAGACUUGCUAGAGUCUAUUGAACAAC